AUGACCACAGAGAGCUUUGCAGAAUUCCUGAAUAAGCUCAAGGAAAUCCAUGAGAAGGAGGUCCAAGGUCUGCAAAGCAAGCUGACAGAGCUGACGACAGAGAAGUGCCGUGAUGCUCAGAGAAUUGAAGAGCUGUUUGCUAAAAAUCACCAACUCAGGGAACAACAGAGGGUUCUUAAAGAAAACGUAAAGGUGUUGGAAAACAGGCUGCGAGCGGGUCUCUGUGACAGAUGCAUGGUCACCCAGGAGCUGGCGAAAAAGAAGCAGAACGAGUACGAGACCUCCCAUUUCCAGAGCCUGCAGCACAUCUUCAUCCUCACUAACGAGACGAACCGCCUGAGGGAAGAGAACAAAACUCUCAAGGAAGAACUGAAGAGGCUCCGGAGCCUGGAGGACAGGACAAAGCAGGCAGAAGUCACCUCCAGAGAAAUCAGCUCCACCCCCUGCUCCCCCUUGGCUUUACUGUCCCCAGUGAGCAGGAACGCUGGCAGCGAGAAAGCAGCUCCCAGGGGAGCAGAAGAAGCCCCCCACAACCUCGAGCUGGGAGAAGAAAAGCCUGCAGGACAGAGAAGCUCUCCAAGCAGUAGGACUUCCCCGAGCACUGUCCUCCAAGAAGUCAGCCUGGCAGAAAUUGCAUCCCAGAGAAUUGCCAACCAGCUGCAUGGAACCAUUGCCCUGGUGAGACCUGGCUCCAGACCCUGCCUCCUGGAGAAAAGUCCUUCGAGGGCAGCAGCAUCCCCACCGGCGAGGAAGACUCCCCUGCCACCCGAACGCGAGCACAGCCCCAUCCUUGAGGCUUAUUUAACAGCAAGCAAACCAACUUCUCCCAAGGUUGCUCCAUCCUAUGAAAACCUAAAAAUGACCACACGGAGAGAGCAGCUCUGCCUCCUCCACAAGCACCUGUCCCUGCACCAGCUGGAGCUGGCCAGCAACUGCGUCUCGACCGACCGGGACGGUGGCAACUUCUCCAGCCAUUUGCUCAGAGCCAAGGAUGCUGAUGGCAGGACGAGGUCUCGUGAUGGCUGGGAUGAUCGCACAGCCUUGCUGAAGCUCCCGGCCGCCAUGGUGUACAUGAGGGACCAGCAGCUGGAGGAGAAGCUGCAGCUGCUCAAGCACAGGGAGCGGCUGCAGCAGCUCCUCCUGCAGCAGUGCCAGCCAGGCCAGCGGGCAGAUGGAGACACAAAGUCCGCGCCCGAGGAGCGGCCCCUCUCCCCAUGGCUGAGAGUCCCACCAGGAUACAAGGAGGAAAGGUCCUUCCUGGAGGAUGCCGUGGAUGGGAAGGAUGAGAAGGAGCUUUGGCUGAGCCAGGAUGGCUCCAAGCUCCGAGGAAAAGCAGAGGUGACAAGGGACGAUGGUGCAGACGCACCGUUGGACCUGUCAGACUCCAGCCGCAGCAGGGAAACGGGUUGGCACAACCGCCGGGAGCCGCGGGGGGCCAUCAGCCCACGACUGAGCCCCAGGGAGGGUCCCACUGUGCCAGCACCACACGAUCCCCGUGGGAGACACGGGGCAGAGAGGGACGACUUGUGCCUCCCAUACCGCUGGCCCAAUGCCCCCCGGGCACUGCCUGGUGCUGUCAAGGAGGAAGAGGAGGAGGAGGAGGAGGCAGCUGUGCUCGCACUCUCACGGGCACAUCCGACAAACAAGUCCCUGCUGAGUGACCCUGAGGCCCUUCCAGAGACCGGGGUGAGACUGGCUGCCAGCGCACAGAAGGGAGAACCAG